AUGUCGAUAGCUUCAUCCUCAUCUAGAGGGGUCAAACAUGCGCUGGCCAGAUCGUCAAGACGUACUACUUCCGCUCGAUCAUCUCAGCAGAGAAUAGAUAUACCUUCCUUUCUCCUUCCAGGUUUUUCGGUCAGACAUCAAUCCAGCUCGUCCGAAACUAACAAACGAAGGGAUAAGGAGAGGUAUAACUAUAAUACCUCGUUGAGCUUUUCUGAUGCUCCUGACCCAGAUCAUGUUCACUGGAGGAGAGUGACGGCUUCCGAGCUGACUUCCCGUAAAGAACCUCCAACAAGGGUGAAGAUGCUGGUAAGGGAUUUCAUAGAUGAUAGUUUGUAUAACCCGAACUAUGGAUAUUUUUCUAGAAAUGCUACGAUUUUCACUCCUCCUAAAGAAGGAUUCGAUUUCUCCAGUUUUGCAGAUACGGCUGCGUUCCAGGAAGCUGUAGCUGAGCGGUACGAGAAGCAAUAUGGUUUGGAACCUACAACGGGACAGACAGGGGGAUUGGGUAGACAGGUUUGGCAUACCCCGACAGAGUUGUUCAAGCCAUACUACGCUCGUACCCUCCUCUCCGCAAUCUUCCAAUCUUACAAACUCAACCAUUUCCCACAUGAACCCCUAAUCCUAUAUGAAAUAGGAGCAGGUAACGGUUCAUUCAUGAUUGAUUCACUCCAUUACCUUCGACAGAACUAUCCAGAGAUAUACGAAAAAGUGGAAUAUCGAAUUAUCGAAAUUUCAGCCUCGUUAGCGAAAGGUCAAAAGGAAAGAGCAGAGAAAGAGGGUUUUGGAGACAAAGUGACUGUGAUUAAUUCGGAUUUUUUCAAAUGGGACGGAACGGUUGAUGGGGUUAGCAAAGGUGGGGAAGCUUGUUUUGUAGUGGCUUUAGAGGUGUUUGAUAACUUCGCCCACGAUAUGAUCCGAUACGACAUCUCGACCCUCACACCCUUCCAGGGUGUAGUGGCUAUAGACGCAAGUGGAGAUUUCUCCAUGAUCUACGAACCCAUUACCGAUCCCCUCAUUCGACGAGUACUAGCAUAUAAAAGACUCUUACCUCCAAGUCCAUCAACUACACCUCCGCUGUCGUCUCCUCUCUUAUACUCUGGCUUGCUCAGAUCGUUAUACACAAGUUUACCAUUCUCAGCCAAUCUAUCUCAACCCGAUUUCUUACCUACCAAAUCGAUUUUGUUUUUAGAACAUCUGCGAGAAAAACUAACCAAUCAUCGAUUGUUAAUUUCUGAUUUCGAUACGUUACCUGAUGCAGUGGAAGGUAGGAAUGGACCGGUAGUUCAGACUAGGUAUGGAGGAAGUAUGAUCCCCUGUGAGACGUUUCUGGUCAAACAGGGUUAUUUUGAUAUUUUCUUUCCUACUGAUUUUGAAUUACUCAGAGAUAUCUAUUCAGUAAUUAUGAAUUCCCCUUCACCUUCUUCCACAGCGACUUCACCUUCAACCUUUUCCGCUAUACCACCCCCAUAUAACAAACCCAGCAAGCAGCCCAAACCACUAUCCAAAGAUUUCUUCUCUGGUGUUCAAGGAUUCAGAAGAAGACAGGUCAACAUAUACAAACAUGAUGAAUUCAUAAACAAGUUUGGCGAUCAGCAGCAGAUUAUAGAAAAGACGAAUUUGGGAAACGGUGAGAAUGUCAUGAAACAAUUAUACGAUAAUGCGAAAGUCAUGUUUUAG